AUGUCUUCCAUUCCUCAACCUGCGUAUCCGCCGUCGCUGGCCGACUGGGAAGACCAUCGAUCUGUCAUAACAAGGCUGUAUGUGGAAGAAGAUCGGAGUUUGUGUGAUGUCCAGCACAUUCUUUGCCACAGGUACCAUUUCCGAUCAUCGUUGCGGUCUUACAAGAACAGACUGAGAGGAUGGGGCAUCCGCAAACAUUAUAAAACAACAAGCAGCCGGAUACGAUCGCCCGCUAUUUUAUUCGGCCCGGAGCUUGCAUCGCUGUCCAGUUUUGGCAGCAAAUCUCGCUUCAGCCAUAUCAAAAGCGAGGAUAAUGACGCAGCUAUGGGCUGUUGUAGGGUGCUUUCCCCUGCGUCUAUCGAUUCAGGAGGGACUCCCCAGCUUUCAGACGCACUCCCUGUUGGGAUCCUGACACCAGUGCACGAUGGAGGAAUGAUGGUGAAGCGACAACCGAGCAACACAACCUCGAUACCUAAUUUCAUGCUGAAGGACGAGUUUAGCGACACGACCAAUUCCAUCGUCAUGGCCGCAAAAGCUUUCAUAACCACCGCCGCUGCGGCAGACGUUGAUGUCCCGACGCGAAUCUCGUCCGAGCAAUCGGUCAAGCAGAUAAGGCCGUUCAGACGACGGAAGAAUUACAUCUGGCACCAAUUCCAGCACGGGCUGACCCUCUUGGAGCAAGCAAACGUGCCUGGCGCCUUUGACGACUUGCAAAGAGGCUGCGCCAUGGCCGAAGCAUAUCUGCGGCGCCCGACCAGACAAGUCCUGAUGAGCCUGUUGGCCGUAAUGGGAAACCGCCGCUGGAGCCGGCAUCAGCAGGCAUGGACGUCCGUCGUGCGGUUCAUGGCUUCCAUGUCCUCGAAGACGCUGGGCCCACGCCACCCGCUCGCCUGCAUCAUGAACAACAUGCGGAGCUGGGACAUGAUGCGUAUCGCCGCCCAGCCCGCGAUGAGAGUUAUCCUCGACACGUCCUCGCGAACGCUGGGCCCGGGCCAUCCCGAAGUGUUGCUCCUCCAACAAGGACUGUGCGUGGAACUGAUGCGCGACGGGGCCUUUGACGCGAGCGAGGCCAUGAUACUCGAGGCCUGCGAGACCAGCGCCGCGACCCACGGACCCACUAGUCUGGCGCGACGCAACUGUCUGCGCCGUCUGGGCAACCUGUACGUCGAACAGCAGCGCUGGGACGACGCCGAGACCGUCUUUGAGACCGUCAUUGCCCUUGAUGCCGAGGCCAACAACCGCUACCACGGCCCCACGGACGAGACCAGCGUCUUUACGUGCCAGAACCUGUCGCUCCUGAAUUGUCGAAGAGGCGACCUGGCGAAGAGCGACUAUUGGGCCCAGCAGGAGCUGGACCUGGCUCUGAAAGUCUAUGGACCGGAGGAUGACUAUUACGCGGAUUGUCUGAACAGGAGGAGUGCGCGGCUCAAUGGCGAGCCUUGCGACAGGUGGUUCUCGUGGCUGGAGGUCAGCUGA